CCCACCCUGACCAAAGGCAUUUCUGACCUGAGAGUUCAGUGAUCUGGUCUCGGACAGAAAAUGCUCCUGACCUAGACUAGCUCCAUGGCUAGUCAGAGUACCGACCAGACAGAGCAAGUCAAACAGGCCCCAUCGGGUGACCGAGAGCCAGCAACAGAGGUCCCAUCUAAUUCAUCCCUGGAUCCAAAUCUGGAUUCAAGGGAGAUUUUGGAGACCCACAGUGACCAAGCCAUGAGCCAAGAUCCAGGCCCCCAAGACAACCUGCGACCACAGGACCCAAACCAAGGCGCCAUCCACGUGGAAGAAAACCACCACCUUCUCGGGCUCUCCUUCCCAAGAAAGCUUUGGAUGGUAGCUGAGGAUGACGCCUUCAUGUCCGUGCGCUGGAAUGACGAGGGAGACACCGUGAUCAUUGAAGAGGAUCUUUUCCAGAGGGAGAUUCUUCACCAGAGAGGCCCAGGGAGAAUUUUUGAAACAGACAGCUUGAAGAGUUUUAUCUGCCAACUGAAUCUCUACGGCUUCAGCAAAAUACGUCCAAACGACCCUUCGGUUCACUCUCCAGGGAACAAGAGAAUGAUGAUGUACCGUAACUCCAAAUUUCAGAAAGACAAGCCUCUGCUCAUUGAGAACAUUCGGAGAAGAGGCGACCUGAGAAUUAUCGCUCGGCCUGGGACCAGCGCAACAACUCCAAAGAGAAAGAAGCAGGUAGCAGCUACGAGGCGCUCCCCACGAAUCCGUCACAAUGAACCCACCAAAGCAGCUGACGAAAUGGCCCAGAAGGAAAACCCUAAAGCUCAGGGAACCAGUGGCACCUGGUGGUUCUUGUGUUCUGAUAUCUGUUCUGUGAGAUGUGCCCUGGAAAAUGGUCGCCGAAGUGAGCCAGGCAGCCCAAGUGGGGAGGGCACGUCCAGGAAUAGUAAGUUUGUGCCCCUGGCUACUGCUGGAAGGGAGGGCGCAGGGGAACCACCCACCAGCCCCCAUUACCCAGAUCAUGAUUCGGUGAUGUCCUUAUACAACACCUGUUAUUCCAUCCUGCUGGCUGCCCUUUCAGUGAUGUCCUCAAAUGAGGCCCCUGACGAGGACGAGGAGCACAAGGGCUCCUCAGAUUACAAAUGUGUACUUUGUGAGCACUGCAAGGACAAUCCAGGUCCCUAAGCUCACAGAUGACCAGUGACAGAUAAAAACGACUGUUUAUAACCAUGAUGCAAAAUUCUGAGAGAGUAAAUAAAGAAUCUAAUGAGAAUUGUAACCCGGUGUUCUUUCUAACUUGUGAUACUACACACACCUCCUCAGAUAAGCCUGAGGAGGCUGGAAAUCCUGGUCCCAAACAGGCUUUGGUCCCCACUGUCCUCUCAUUUAAAGAACCAGCGUUUUCACACAUUCAGCCAAGGACUUGGCUAGGGAGUAUCAAGGCAAGCCCAGGAAGAUCUCAUUCCCUGAGCCUGGCCUGGUGGUCAGGACACAGAAUAGCCUGAUUCUUGACCUUGGGGCUAUCAUCUAACACUAUUCAUGCAUCUUGAAAUAGGAGAGUCUUUCCUCAUGGGUCCCCCUAAGAUGCCAGAAAGUUUCUGAUCAGCAGCUGAAUGUCUCUUGACCAAGAGCCAGGGGUCUUCCAAAGAGGUCCACCUAAAAGUAGGGCCACCUCAUUUGCCGAGGGAUGU